AAUGAUUCAUGGUCCUAAUUCUUCUUUCUCAGGUGCCUUUAGUAUUGGCAAAAAAAUCGAAGGUAAUUUUAUGAUGAACUUCCUUAGUACAUGGAACAUAAAACACCAACCCUGGGUAAUGACAAUUGAAAUUAAUGUUAGACCUAAUCAUUACAAUUUGACAUCUCCAUAAUAAGGAGGAUUCAAAUUUCCAAAAUCAGUUCGAAAAUAACUUUAUGAACCUAGUCCAAUUCCUGAGCCAGGUGCAUAUGAUCCUAAUAUAUCGGUAUAUAAUUAUUAGAUUAGAUUAUUUAACCGAAUCCUCCAAACAUUAAAUUUAGCAAAGCUUAAGAAUAAGAGAAACAGCCACUUGAUAUUGGACCUGGCACUUAUAAUUGGAAUGAUUAGAGAAAAUCUCCCGCUUUUACUUUCUAGAAUAAAUUUGAAAAUUAAGGAACUGAUGUUUUGAAUACUCCAGGACCUGGUCAUUAUGAUGUCAAAGAAAGCCAUUCACUUCAACCCACUAAUAAAGGCUUUACAACAAGUAACCGUAUAAAUAUGUUACUUUCUAAUGCACCAGGGCCUGGUUCUUAUAAUUUGGAAAAUCUAAAAGCACAAAACAGUAUAAAGUAAACAUUUUAAUUAAGUAGAUUUCCAAAGUAAUAGAGGAUUAUGGAAAAAAUUGAUUAAACUCCAGGUCCUGGAGCAUUUAUGACGAUGAUAUCGAGUAAAUAAGGGAUUUCAUUUGGAAAGAAAUUAUAAGCUUAGAGUGAAAAGUAAUUUGUUCCUGGCCCAGGUACAUAUGAAUUAAAAUCUUUUGCUGAGAAAGAAUCAAAAGGACCAAAGUUUAAAUAGAUCUUAAUUAAAAUUAGGAUUGGAAAAUCUAAGAGAAGUCAAAUGCAAUUGUAAUAAGGACCUUCUCCUUUAAAUUAUGAUAUAUCAUAAUAUAAACCACCUAGUAAAUUUUCAUGUUUUGGAAAUGCAGAAAGAAAAACGAUGCAUGAAAAAAGUGAGAAUACUCCUGGACCUGGAUCUUAUUAUUUGGGAGUAAGUCUUUCAAAAUUAGGAGCAAUAAUUGGAAAAUCAUAAAAAGAAUAAAUGGUAAUUCAUGAUUCUUUACCAGUAAUUAUAAAAUUAAUAAUUAGGGUCCAGGUAAAUAUAAUUUAAAUGAUACACUUUCAAGAGGACCAAGUUAUCAUAUUGCAGGAAAACAUGAGAAACAAUAAGAACAAUCUGUUAUAGGUCCAGGUAGAUAUCAAAUCAAUAGAGAUANAGUACAUGGAACAUAAAACACCAACCCUGGGUAAUGACAAUUGAAAUUAAUGUUAGACCUAAUCAUUACAAUUUGACAUCUCCAUAAUAAGGAGGAUUCAAAUUUCCAAAAUCAGUUCGAAAAUAACUUUAUGAACCUAGUCCAAUUCCUGAGCCAGGUGCAUAUGAUCCUAAUAUAUCGGUAUAUAAUUAUUAGAUUAGAUUAUUUAACCGAAUCCUCCAAACAUUAAAUUUAGCAAAGCUUAAGAAUAAGAGAAACAGCCACUUGAUAUUGGACCUGGCACUUAUAAUUGGAAUGAUUAGAGAAAAUCUCCCGCUUUUACUUUCUAGAAUAAAUUUGAAAAUUAAGGAACUGAUGUUUUGAAUACUCCAGGACCUGGUCAUUAUGAUGUCAAAGAAAGCCAUUCACUUCAACCCACUAAUAAAGGCUUUACAACAAGUAACCGUAUAAAUAUGUUACUUUCUAAUGCACCAGGGCCUGGUUCUUAUAAUUUGGAAAAUCUAAAAGCACAAAACAGUAUAAAGUAAACAUUUUAAUUAAGUAGAUUUCCAAAGUAAUAGAGGAUUAUGGAAAAAAUUGAUUAAACUCCAGGUCCUGGAGCAUUUAUGACGAUGAUAUCGAGUAAAUAAGGGAUUUCAUUUGGAAAGAAAUUAUAAGCUUAGAGUGAAAAGUAAUUUGUUCCUGGCCCAGGUACAUAUGAAUUAAAAUCUUUUGCUGAGAAAGAAUCAAAAGGACCAAAGUUUAAAUAGAUCUUAAUUAAAAUUAGGAUUGGAAAAUCUAAGAGAAGUCAAAUGCAAUUGUAAUAAGGACCUUCUCCUUUAAAUUAUGAUAUAUCAUAAUAUAAACCACCUAGUAAAUUUUCAUGUUUUGGAAAUGCAGAAAGAAAAACGAUGCAUGAAAAAAGUGAGAAUACUCCUGGACCUGGAUCUUAUUAUUUGGGAGUAAGUCUUUCAAAAUUAGGAGCAAUAAUUGGAAAAUCAUAAAAAGAAUAAAUGGUAAUUCAUGAUUCUUUACCAGUAAUUAUAAAAUUAAUAAUUAGGGUCCAGGUAAAUAUAAUUUAAAUGAUACACUUUCAAGAGGACCAAGUUAUCAUAUUGCAGGAAAACAUGAGAAACAAUAAGAACAAUCUGUUAUAGGUCCAGGUAGAUAUCAAAUCAAUAGAGAUAUUACAGAUGGACCAAAAUUUAAAUUUUCUACUAAGGAAAAGACAGAUUCAAAAGAGUAAUCUUAAUAAAAAUUCUAUGAAAUCCAAGCUAGUUUGGGAUUCAUUCCAAAAUAUUUAUUAUAAAAUUGA